CUACUGCUGAAUCCUGGUUUUGUUUUGUUUUAAUAUUGUGUGUUAAUAAUCGUCAGUUCUCGUAAAGUGGUUGUUUCUAAAAAUUAUGGACCCCAAAAUGGACACCGAAGAUGAUUUAACUACAUCUAUUAGUGCAGAUGAAAAAAAAAUCAUCCCUGAUAACCUAAACGAAAUGCUUGCUGUUGAGGAAAUACAAUUAACGGCACAUGAACAAAAAGAAGAUAACGCGCUACCUACGACUAUUCUGAUCCCAUCUCGAGAGACAAAUAUCGAAGAUUUUGACCUAUCGUGCCGCAUAUCACUACUUAAAAUUAUGAAAACAUUCUAUACUGUAAAAGGGGCACCAAGUUAUGAAGACAUUUAUGAAGAAUUAAAAAAACAGAUACAACUGACACUAGAUUUACCAACAGCAGAACAAACAUUAAAGACACUUGGAUACUCUUAUAUAAAAACGAAAACAAAUCCCGGGAACAUUCUUAUGGAAGAUCCAAAGUUCACGUUUGAUAGAUUCCACUAUGCAAAGAAAAUAUUAAAGUUUAGAUCUAUGGGCAAGCAUAUUUACUACUUGGAUGAAAGAAUUAUAGAGAGCGGCAAUUAUAUCAAAAUACCGAGCAUUGAUGUAACAUUCCCUGCCACACGGAAAACCGUAUUUAUUCAUGUAGUUUCACAAGAUGGCUAUAUCAGUGGUAUGUUCUUCUAUUACGACUCAAAUUGUUACAAAAAGUGGCUUCUGCAUAUACUUUUGCCGGUCAUGAAACCCUCCAGUGUGGUCGUAAUGAAUAAUGCUCUACACGGGACUGUAACUGCAACACCGAUAUCUAGAUAUCACACAAAGAAUGAAAUGCUGCAAUGGCUUAAAGAAAGAAAUAUCCCAUGCAAUUCCAAUUUGCAUAAAGCAGAGCUUUACGAUUUAAUUGAAAGAUGUCCGACGGUACUAGAACACCAAGGUAUUGACAAUCUUUUUAGAGCACAUGACAUUGAAGUCCUACGAUUAACAGAUCAAUUGCGUGUUCUAUCGCUGACUACUCAUUUUUGGAAAAAUAUAAACAAUGAAAUAAAACAAGAUCCAGACGUAAUACAUAAGGAGCAGGAAGAUCUGCAAGACUAUAUAUAUAGCAAAAUUAAAUCUUUUCCGCAGGUUAAGUGGUUCAGUUAUUCUAAGAUUAUAGAAUCAGCGGAAAAAACAUUUUCAGAGCUUGACACUGAAAUUGAAAAUUUGUUGGAUAAAUAUGAAAUAGACAAGGAAUACAUAUCUUCGUUGCCAAGUAUUCCCAAGUAACAUCGCAAACAACAAAAAAAUCAUUCCACGGUAUGAUAAAGUAUAAAAUUGAAUAAAUUGAUAUAAAAAUACAA